CCAUGUGAGAUACUUUGCUAAUAAGACAAGCUGGCAGUGGGAUGACUUUUGAAGUCUUUUGAUGAACCCAAAGGCUCAAUGUGCUACCAGCAUUUUGUGUCUGGAGGCUCAUUUUAUGAAAUGGCUGACAUGGAGAUAGAAGUAUUGUGGAUGAGUUGGGGAGUAAGUUGUAAGUCUGGUUUGUACCUGGCCUGCCCUAUUUUCUGGGCUGUCCCAACUUUGUUUAACCCUAAUCCUUGCACUCUCUCUUCAUAAUAGGACUGAAUAUUGCCAGACUAUGCAGAUUCUUUAUGAGAGAUAAGAAGAUGAUAAUCUAAACCAGCUCAAUCCCCCAUGAAACUACACUCUUUGAUGCUUUAUCCUAUACAUGGACUUGUUGGUUGUGGUGGUUGAAGGUGUCCAUUUGAAGAACCCCACCAGGUCUUGCUCAUUGCUUACUUUUGUUGUUGUUUUUGGGAAGAGUGACAGCCUUUGACUGGUGUUAAGGGCUGGUCUAUUUAACAUGCAAUUUACAUUCCGAGGUCAGCCACCCUCCCCUUCAAGUAAACACUCUGCUCUCUCUUUAAAAGAAAUGAACUGCAGGAGUGUAUGUAGCUUCCUGUCAUGUUGUUGUGAAAGCAACUAGACGGUUUCUUUGGGCCCUCACUUUGCAAGCCAAAAGGACAAAGGAGGGAAGGCAGUUCUGCAGAGGCUCCCAUUCAUUCCAGGGUAUACAUUUGUAAACAAAGCGGGGAAGGCCCAAGAAGAGACAUUGGCUUAUUCCAGCCACCAUGAUUGUGAAUGGAGUUAUGUGGAUCUGCCUCACCUUCUGCCUUGGGGCCAUGCAACAACUGAAAGCACAUAACUGGAAACAGAAAACUGCCAAGCCCAUCGUCCAGCGUGAGCCAUUUAUUGUAGCAUGGAACUUGCCCACAGCCAGAUGUCAAGAGCGGUAUGGGAUAUCUCUGCCCCUUGGAGUCUAUGGCAUUAUUGAGAACAAAGGCAAUGUGUUUCGUGGCCAGAACAUGACAAUUUUUUACAAAAAUCAGUUUGGACUCUAUCCCUACAUCUCCCCAGAGGGUAAGUGGCAUAAUGGGGGAAUACCUCAGAGUGUCCCUUUGGAAGAACACCUAGCAAGGGCCUCAAAGGAAAUUACAGAGCUCCUGAAUCAUGGUUUUCAUGGUCUGGCAGUGGUGGACUGGGAGGAGUGGAGGCCUCUUUGGAGACAAAACUGGGGCCCCAAAAAAGUGUACAGGAAGACCUCUGAACAGUGGGUGCGGGAAAGGUAUUCUGGCCUGUCCUCAUGGGAACAAUCUUACUUUGCUAAGAUAGAGUUUGAACAGGCAGCUCGGGUGCUGAUGGAAACCACACUAAAUAUGGGGAAAGAGCUGAGACCGCAGGGACUCUGGGGUUUCUACCAAUUUCCGGACUGCUUCAAUGACAACUGGGAGAAAGAGGAUAACUACACAGGACGCUGCAACCCCAAAGAAGUCCAGUGGAAUGAUCAGCUUAUGUGGCUGUGGAAGGUUUCCUCUGCUCUGUACCCCAGCAUCUACCUCCCACCAAAGCUACUAGAGUCUCACCACCAGCAUUACAUUCACCACCGCCUGAGAGAGGCACUGCGGGUGGCACAGUUUGGCCUCAAGCAGCCCCUCCCAGUACUCGCCUAUUCCAGAGUCUCCUAUAGGCACUCUUCAAGGUACCUAACAGAGGCUGACCUGGUGUAUACAAUUGGAGAGAGUGCAGCACUUGGGGCUGCAGGGCUUGUGCUCUGGGGUGACCUCUCGUAUUCUCAGUCAGCUGAGAGCUGCAAAAGCCUUCACAAUUACAUCACCACCACACUGGGGCCGUAUAUCAUCAAUGUCACCACUGCAGCACGCAUGUGCAGCCACCAGCUCUGCCAUGGGAAUGGACGUUGUGUGAGACAGCACCUUGGUGAUCUAGGAGCCUUCCUCCAUCUGGACCGAGACUGGCAGGACAGGGAGAUAGAUUUCCUAUACCAGGAUGUGUUGGCUUGGGAGUCAUUUCAGUGUCACUGCUAUCCUGAAUGGACUGGUGCCUGGUGUGAAAGACAACAGUGGACAGAGCCUGUCAAAGGACCAGAAUGCAACCGAGUUUCACAGUAUUAUGAUAUUUAUGAUGCAGAACAUGACAGCAAUGUUAUCAUGAGCUCAAACAUCUGUCCUCCCUCCAUUUGAAAGUUAGAAAUCUCAACACUAUCCCUUCAGAUGCAGCACUUUAAUGGACAGUCUUGAUGUAUUUUGUUCUAAAGAACAAUAAUAUCCAUAAUCCACAAAACACUCAUCCCUUUAUGGGGCCAACCAAAAUGCACAAUAUACAUGUUGCAAGCUUUUGAAGCUCCACUGGCUUCUUUAACAGUCAAAAGUGUUGAAAAUCAUAUAGAAGAAAGAAGAACAACAACAUCAAAGCAACAGUGUUAGUCAUAGGCCUGUAUUUUGUCAAUAAAUUGUGGUUAUUGUCCUCAGUUCAGAUGGUAUGGAGAGGUAUUAGGUAUCACUAAUGUGGAUUUUGGAUAUUAUACUUUGCCAUAUGGCCAACAUGGCUACCUCGAGAUAGUUUGUUCUAGAGAGUUAUUGUUCCCCAGCUGAGUAACUCUUCCAUUUCCUUUUUCUUAAGUCAUGCUUGGAUGUAAAGAAACAGCAGACACACAUCCAACUGUACUAUAUUAUUCACCACAUUGGAAAUAUUUUCAUAGAUAAAUGUUUCUCUGGAGGUGUACACAUCCAUCUCAGUGAUAGAGCACAUGCUUUGCAUAUGGAGGGUCUCAGGCCCAAUGCCUAGCAUAUCCAGAAAACAAGAUUAAAUAGCAGGUGAUGAGAAAGACUUGCUUGACACAUCAGAGAGCCACUGCUAGGGUGGGUCUACACUGACCAGAAUACUGUACUCCAGGCUGCUCCUUGAGUCACAAAGCUGCCUAAAAUCGCCCCUAUUACCUGGGCAUGUCCUGCUGUGCUGCCUGCUGCCACUGGCAGAAGUCACUCCCUCUGAGAUCAAAAAUGAGGCACCCAGUGUCGAUCACAUGGCUGGACCCCUCAUUGUGACCUCAGCAUGAUGACCCAUGCCAACAGUAGUGGCUGGUGGCACAGGUUCCUGUGUAAACAGCUGGCAGGCACCACUGUGGAGUGCUCUGGAUUUUCUUGGAAGCAAAUGGUGAAUAUUUUUAAAAUCGCUUUAACCUAGGGAUGGUCUGGAUUCACUAUGGAACUGCCCCUUCCCACAUGACAACAGUCCGCAGUUGGAUUGGGUCUUUGGCCCUGCAUUGUGCAAACAGGGUGACACAAGGACAAGAGGAAGCUGGUUCAGUUGGCCCAUGUAGACGUGUCCCAGUAAGAGCAAACAAAUACUGAGCUAGAUGGCUAAUAAUAUGACCUGGUAUAAGGUACCUUUCUGUAUACAGGUAUAUAAUGGAACUAAGGGCUUAUGUGUGGUUGAGUGCAGUAAUGCCCAUCUGGUUAAAUAAAGGUACACUUGACAACCCUAA